UUGUUUCUCUCCUUCUCUCUUCACUGGCUAAAAUUUGCAACUUGUAAAUCGAAGCUGAUGGUGAAGUUAACACAGAGAUUAGGCGGGUUGGUACUGCGUUUUGCGGCAUUUUGCGCUGCAUUAGGAGCGGUUAUCGCAAUGAUCACCAGCCGCGAAAGAUCUUCAUUCUUUGUUCUCUCCCUAGUGGCCAAGUAUAGCGAUUUAGCCGCGUUUAAGUACUUCGUGAUCGCAAACGCGAUCGUUAGCGUUUAUAGCUUUCUCGUUUUGUUUCUUCCGAAGGAGAGUUUGCUGUGGAACUUGUCAGCGGCGGUGGCGGUAGCACAAGUGGGGAAGAGAGGAAACGCAAACGCAGGAUGGUUGCCCAUUUGUGGCCAAGUGCCGAGAUUCUGCGAUCAGAUAACCGGAGCUUUAAUCGCUGGUUUAGUCGCACUGGUUCUCUACGUCUUCUUGCUCAUCUUCUCUAUCCACUCCGUUGUCGACCCUUUCCUCCUCCGAAAAUCUUGAAUCAAAUAAUAUAAAUUCAUUCGAAGACCAUAUAUAUGUUCUCGUAUAACAUUUUGAUUUUGAUUUUUCGUCAAUAACUGUGAACCCACAUACAUUCUUAAAUAUUUUUCUUACACAAUUCAAUACGCUACUUCACUCUAGCUUCUUAA